UUGUGUUCGCAAGUUAUGGUUUCCAGCAACGAAAGUUACUGGAAGCGUUUGUGGCGGUGGACAACGUCUGAAAGUCUGACCAGAGAUGAAUUGGCCACUUUACUCGAUAAUAAAGCGGUGAAAGACGGAUUGCGAGAAGGUCUCGCAAGUUACAAGCUGGCAAAAACGAAUACAUUUUCUCAACUGCAGGCUAAGCAUACUGACCAGGCAAAAUUGUUGAAUGUCGUAAACAUCUUACAAAAUUACCUUGACAAAGACUGUUUCCAAAUAUGGGAAAUAAUAAAACAUUACCUCAGUGACAUUUCAUGUGGGACAUCAGCCAAUGCUCUUAAAAAUGUAGCUUUUGUAGACACCAGACCAACUGUCCUUCUUUCACACAUAUGGAACUUUUAUCAUGCUGAAAGGCUCUUUGUUCUUAAAUUGCUGCAAUACAUAAUCCAAUUCAAAGACAACACAAAUCAUAAAUACAAUGAACAGUUCAAAAAAGUCAUCGAUGACAUUGGGAUGGAUACUCUAAAAACAUCUCUAUUGAAUCAGUUUGAAAAGCUACUUUCUGUUGCACCUCCUCCAAGAAAAAUACAAAGCGAUUUUUCAAGUGAAACUGUCAGACAGGAAUGGGCGGAAUCUAAUCUUCGUGAACAACUGGCUAUAUUACAAAUCCUUUUGUUAAUUGCAAAUGAAAGUGCCUUUUCUGACAAUGAAUUUAAUAGGCUUUUUGACUUGUUUAGAAAACAUAGCUUUGGAAAGACUCAAGGGUAUAAUGAUUUGCUGGAAGAGAGACAUAGAGAGCAUGGCCUGAGGAUAAUGUAUAUGGAGGUGUGCCUGUUUAUGGUCAUUUUGGAUGACAGUAAAAUCUCCCAACUCUCAUCAUGGAUAGAUAAAACAAAAGAAAGUGUGGAAUAUGAACUAACAAAGUUGCACAUGAGCUCAGAACACAGUGCUCUGCUUAUUUCUUGGAUGAUGUUAAUGUUGAAGAGUGAACAACACAUGAAGUUGUUCGAAAGUCAGUACCAGCAUUACGGAGCAACAGCAUUGAAAAUGCACGUUUUUGAAUUCCUACAACAAAUGCUCAAUAACUCUGUUUUUUCGGACAAAUCAAAAUGUGCCCUGGUGGCCAGAAAGCGUGUUUUUCGAUUGCUCAAUGAACUCUGCAACAAAUUUGACGGCGAUGGUACUAUCAGCCAUCAACCUGGAGUUAUGAAACUUUGCGCAGAUUUGAUACAGUCCCCAACCAUUGCCUGUGAAUUUUGGACAUUGUACAAUCAAGAUGAUGAAUAUGGUGUAGUGUCGAUUUGGAAUUCUGCUUUGGAGUUCUUCCCCUUCAACUUUAGUGCGCUUUCGAUUUUGGCCGCCGGAUUGGCUCAGGCUGGGAAGUGUAGUGUUAGAAAUUUAAUAGCAGAACUGAAAAACUUACCUGUGUACACCGAAAUGUACAACCCAAAUUCAGUGCCAAUAAUGUCCUUGCAAGCUGAUGAUGCUCUCAUUGGCCGCGAUUAUUACCCUCUUGGAGACCCUUCGUAUCGCAUUGAGGCAGGCUCAAAGGCCACAAUAAUGGAACGAAAAGAGGGAACCAUGAUACACUUUCGCACACCAUAUUCUUAUUGGACCAUCUUCAAUAGCGAAAUCGAGAAAGCACUGGACAGGAAAGAACAUCAUCAACAAAACAUCAACGCUACACUACAAAGGGUUUACGAAGGAACUAAAGUUUUGAAAGGUGUACUCACAGCUUUAGUUGAGGAUAAAGAAAUCCCAAAAUAUUUGGUUACGCCCAGUGAAGGAGUCUUUGAUGUUCUUGUGAGAUUCAUGAGAGCAGAAUCACCGCCUUUAGCUCUUUUAGUUGAAUGUGUUGAAAUUUGUACUACCCUGAUUCCAAUAUUCCUUAAAGAAGUUCAUUUGAGACUUAUAAACACAGGUCUUCUUCCCCGAAUAGUAAACUACCACCUGACUUACAUUGAAUACGCGAAUGGUGCGUCAUUUGAUUCAGCUGCAGUCGGUUCUUAUUUAGUGACGAUUGAACAACCCAGUGGAAGCUACAACUUCCUGAGUGCUUAUAUUGAUAUGUUGUAUGCUUUUCAUGAGGCUUCAACCGAAGAUCGUAUUACAAUCGACAUACUCCUCCCUGGCCUUGUUUUAAUCCUGCGCGAAGUAUUUCCCAAUAUAUGCGGCUGGCGUUACACUAAUACUGGCGUACGACGUAAAUUAGUAGAGAAAUGCGCCAAAUUUCUCACAUCUGUUCUUCAACAAAGUAAAGACGGCAACAGCGUAGAAUUAUUGAAGAAGACGUGUAUCUACAGCUUGUUGCACACGGAAAAUGCAUUGGAGUUGUUGAAGAUUAUUUCUAUUGGGAACGACAAAUUGGAACAAAUGAUCCACGAUGAACCAAAUUGGACAUCAGGCACAGGGUCCCAAUUCUUAUCAACCAUCCAGCGAUGUGUGGCAAUCAUAAUGUUUUCGCUAAAAUUGAAACACAUGGUCUCUAAAGGAGAAGUGACGCCUCUAGAGCGUUUGAUUUUCGCUCAAAACAAACAAAUGGACACGUUGAAAGUGGUGCCAAAAGUGACAAGUUAUAUUAACCAUGCUUUUAAUAAAAAUCUUCCAGUAUUGUGCUGUCGACUGUUGAAAAGAUUUGCCGAGGAUUUCCAAAUGUCUCUCUUCGCCUCUUUAGACAUGACAGCGUAUCAAGUGAGAGUGAUUUUCCUAGAUCGAUUAAGAGAUCAAUACGAAACAAUAGAAUUGAAAGUUGCUAUCUUAGAAUUUGUUGCAACAUGCAUCGGGAAGCAACCGGGCCUAACCGAAGCAUUCUUCAUGAACAACCAUGAAAAUAUGAAGAACGAUGAAAAGGAUAAGACCGCAGAAAAGAAAAACAUAGAAGACGAUAGUUUUGAAGGUAUUCUUGGAUACAUGGCAGACUAUUUAGGAACUGUUAAAGAGGAUGUGAAAUUACUUCAUAGCCCACUUCUUGGGUGUAUUAUGGAACUCUUUCACGCUUUGUGGAAGAACAAUAUGCAGAUUUUAGUAAAGAAACUUCGAGAAAAUCCAAAGUUCUGGGAACACCUUACCAGCCCUUUGUUUAGUGAUAUCCAACCAGGCUUAAGAACAUACACGCAAAUAUUUAAUGUCCUUGGCAUUGAACUUUUUGUAUCAAGAGAAAAAAUUGAUACAAACCUUAAGGAAAUGCUUGAAGAGUUUUUCGAUGUUGGCAAGAAACAUCUAGAGCAAUGGAUUAAUCACAUUUUCUCCUUUAAAGGCAGAGACGAUUCUGUAGAAGCUGUGGAUAAAGUGCCUAUUUGGUUAGGAUUGCUAACGUCCUGGAAAGAUUUCACAACGAUAUUCUGCAAAUGCCUGCCGUUUAAGUUGAAUAUUGCACACAAAUCUAAAUUGGUUGCGUCUUGCUUAAAUGCAUUAAUGAAUGAACUAGACGAAUUGAAAGACGGUCGCUUAGUAGUCAUCUUAGCUGAAUUGUACGUAAUCAUGUUGGCCAAUUGGAAAGACGAUUGCUUUGACAACAGAAAAGCGAAUGCAAAACAAAUUGAUAACUUGCUGACUAAUACAGCUAUAGUCUAUGAAUGUCUACAUCCACGAGCUAUCCGCGCUAUACUUUCAAUCGGAACUGUGGCCAUUAGUAUAUUGGAUUAUAAAAUUAAAGCGAAUAGCGUCACAGCGCAAAGUGUUAUUCGAGCCGUGACUAACAUCAACAGCAUAGAGCUUGAGAAACUGUUUGAUUACAUAAAAGAUGAACCGCGGUCCGAGACUCAAGGAAACGGGCACCCAUUGAAUGAGGACGUACCACCUGUGGUGUUGUCCCUCGCUAUGCUAGAACAAUGCUUGGACUUGUACGACGACAUGUUCACAGGACUGUCUCAAUGGUUCCAAUCAAGCAGAUUCAUAAACAAGCUUUUGUGCUGUCUACAAAUAUGUUUGCAGAACAGACGUCAUUACCAAACGUCUCUGGCCGCAUUACGUUGCCUGACAGCUUAUUCCAGGGGUCCUUUCUCGAAGGAUUUGUUACUAAGUGACGUAGACCAGUUUCUGUGGCUGCAACUGCUUCCUCCGAAGAUUGACCCGAAUGGGUCGUCGCCUACGGUCUGGAAACCUCAAGAAUGGUGGCGUGUGUAUGCGUAUAGCUUGGACUUCAUAUCUAUGAUGGUGAUGAAACAUGGGCAGUUCUUUGCAAGUGACGCAAUCACAUUCGUUGGAGUCCAUUUGGAAUAUUUGAUCGAAGCUGUUCUAUUACCUCGUCAAGUCGCAAAUAUUGACGCUCUGAACCUGUGUGCAUCUACCCUUAUCCUGGUAGUUCAGUUAGUAAAAUUUGAGGCUAGGUGGCGGCUACAAAAUAUAAACUCAUUGAAUGGAAUCAUGCGAAGCAUAAGCGCAUGUCUAUAUCAGUGUGUGACAAUGAUGAUGCGAGCUCGACGCUCUUCAGAUCCAAUGCUGCAAUCUACUGACGAGGCUCUUCACCAAGCCCCUGUUCUCCAACGAAUCCUGGAAAUAUUGCAUAUGGCGACUUUAUGUCUGUUGUCGUUUAGUCCGGACCUCCUAUCUCUUCUCGCGGAUCCCGGAUUGGAUUUAGAAAGAUGGCAACCCCUGGUGGAGCUCCAUUUUGGCGCGCCCAAGAUUUCUUACGAACCAUUCCCACAGCUUACAUUUGGGACGCUUCUGUGUGCUAUAGCAAUUCUUACCAGAUCUCUCAACCACGCUUACCAUGCGGAAGAAGGCAGUGGCUCCCGUUCCCCACGCAGUCGCCGCCGCCUGUGCUCCUGCGGCAGCCCAGGGGACCCGCGCCGCGUCAACCGCAGCGAAUCUAUUACCAGCAUCUCGUCGGCUGCCAGUGCUGUGCACUGGCCUAACGAAAAGCUGGUCGCUGGUGCUACCCAGGCAGCUGCUACUUUACUCGCCUCUCAGGCACUGUUAGCUGUUCGCGAUCCAAAAGUUCCUGGACGUCACAAACAACUGAUCCGUCGUGAGCUGGGCUCUGAGUUGACGCUGUACCACGACUUCGUUCGCAAGAGAAUUCUGUGUGCUGCACAUGUGCGUCCUCAUCUUACUCGGAACAAACUUGGAGCUUGGCCAUUAGAACCCAAUAAAGAAGAGGUGAAAAAAAUCCAAGAAGCUAGAAAGGAUUCUGUUAGUGACGACGAUGAUAGGUCUGUGCCGCGCCCGCCACCUCCGAAGCGAUCCUCGCAAGAUUCCAUGCGCGAGUACAUCCUUCGUAAGCAUUACCUCGACAAAUGCGCACAAACACCAACCAAAGGCCCACCUUCCCCUGUAUCUCACUCUACACCGGCAACAGACAAGAAAAAAGAAGCUUCUAGAAGUUCGAAAAGAGUUUCUUGGGCAGAAACUACGAGAGACAGCGAUGAUAGUCUGGAUAGCUCACUAGAAGAAAUCGAGCCUGUUUAUUCAAACCUAACUGAUGUACUAAUCAAUAAUGAGGACGAUUAUUUCCACUUUUUAUCAGUUGUGUUUCUUUAUAUUUGCCAAACUGAAUUGUGACUUUUUAUUGUGUUAAUUAUUUUUUAAUGUAUUAAGUAAUUGUAGUAAGAUAUUUUGAAUAAAUAAUGUCAC